GUCCCUCGAAAAUACUUGAAACAGAGUCUGUAUUUUUAAAAGUCUACUUCUCAAAGCUUCAGGUUUGUAUUCAUGGGCUUAUAAUAAACUCUGUAUUCUUGACCCAUUUAAUGAUGGGCCAAGUCAACAAAGCCCAUAAAUUUGAUAGUCAAACUACUUUGAAACUCCACCCAAAAAUGUGACCAUAUCUUCCUUAUCCAUAUUCUCACAAAAUCUCCAUUGUUCUCUGAGAAAACACAAAAAUGAUGUCAUCAAUGGCACUCUCUUCUACUUCCCUCUGCUCUUCUUUCAUCUCUCAACAUCCAAAACUCUCCAUCACUGCUUCUCCUCCAUUGUUCCAUACCCAAACAACCAAACCCAUCUCUGUAAAACGGAAAAUCAUAACUCUAGCAGCUCCAGAGACACUCACCGCUGAAACAGUCACCGGAAUUGAUACUUCCGACAACACUCCACAACAAACAAUAAAGGUGGUGAAGCCAGAUGAGAAAUCAAGAGUGGUACUCAAGUUUGUGUGGAUGGAGAAGAACAUAGGAUUAGGAUUGGACCAACAUGUACCUGGACAUGGCACAAUCCCACUUAGUCCUUACUUCUUCUGGCCUAGGAAAGAUGCUUGGGAAGAGCUUAAGUCUACUCUUGAAGCUAAACCAUGGAUCUCUCAGAAGAAGAUGAUCAUUCUUCUAAACCAAGCCACUGAUAUCAUCAAUCUCUGGCAACAAAGUGGCGGCAAUUUAACUUCUCAAUAAUCUCUUUUUUGAUUUCUGCAUUUCAAGAAUUCACUUUGUCUAUGAUUAUUAUUGCUAUUGAGAGUUUUUUGUUUAUCUAAACAAUAUCCAAUCACAUUCGACAUAAAAGAUUCAUUUUAUUGGAAAGAGAAAAUGAUAAUAAAAGCAAACAUCAAGCAACUCUGAGUUAUUGUUUCCUUGAAGGACAUA